AAAAAAAAACAGAAACAAAAAAAGUUCUCUCUCUCUCUCUCCAUUGAUUUCUUCUACACAGACAUCUCUACGAACCCCCAAACUCAUAUCUCUCUCUCUGUCUCUCUUUGCUCUUCAUCGGAUCUGACUUCUUCCCGAAAACCCACAAUCUGAUUCUUCGAAUUCUUCAAUUCAACGACAAAACCCCCAAAUCACAAAUUCCCCAACCAAAAGUUUCAAUCUUUUGACUUUGAGACACACAAAAAUUUAAAGUCUGCGUUUUUUUGGGGACUUUUGCUUCUGUUUGAUCAAAUUCACCGGCGAAGGAAUUUUCCGAUGGGAAUGCCUUCGCUGGCUUCAUUGCUACGACCAUGAGCUACCACAACGAGGAAGAAGAGGAAGGAGACACCAACGAUUGCUUCUACGAGUCUCUUGAUCGUUUAGCUUCUUCCUCUUCUUGCUCUUGUUCCGCUUCUAACUCUGAUUACGAUUCCGAAUCCUCUCCUCGGAUCUCCUCCGCCGCUUCUCAUGACUCUGAAGAACACAACGGUGGGGGUCGCCGCCGUCGAUAUCCAUUCCCAGUUCCUCGGUUUCCAAUGGGAGCCUCGAAGUUCGACGUUUGGAUCUCUGAACCUGCUUCUGUCUCCGAGAGACGUUCCAAGCUUUUAAACGAAAUGGGUCUUAGCCGUGACCCGGUUCUCUCCCGGUUAAAACCCGUUUCGGAUUCCAGCUUCAAAGAAACCGGAGCCGGCAGCUCCGACAUUUCCCGAUCGAUCUCGUGUAAUCAAUUGGCUCGGCGAGAUCAUGGAGAGUGUUUUGAAACUGUCGGCGGUUGUGCUUCUUGCAUCGUGAGAUCGAAAUCCGACAUUACCACUAGCCAAUGUGGUGAUCGUGAACGUCGAUAUACGUCUCUUGGUAAUUCUUGUUCUUGUUCAGUCUCUAAACUCUCUGUUCGUCAUCCUUCACAUUCAGAGAUCAGUAGAACCAGCCCACCAUUUGUCAAUUGCAGUUUGGGAUCAGUUAGUGCUGAUUCGUGUGAGAAUUCAUUGCGGUUAAAUGGAGAUACUGACUGUGUACUGAGCGAGAGUGUAGUGAAUGAGGAAGUGGAAACAUGGAAGAAGGUGAAGGAAGUGGGAACUGGAACACAGAUGACGAUGGAGGAGUUUGAGAUGUGUGUUGGACAUUCUCCCAUUGUUCAGGAGCUUAUGAGAAGACAGAACGUUGAGGAUUCUGAUAAGAACACGUCUAAGGAAAACGAAGACAGUGGGAAUAGUAAUAAGGAUAAUGCAUCGAAGUCUAAGAAGAAAGGAAGUUGGUUUAAGAGUAUUAAGAGUGUUGCAAGUAGCAUGACUGGUCAUAGCAAAGAGAGACGAAGCAGCGAUGAUAGAGAUACAUCGUCAGAGAGAGGUGGUCGGAGGUCGAGCUCUGCUACUGAUGAUUCUCAGGAAUCUUCUUUUCACGGGCCGGAAAGAGUUAGGGUUAGACAGUAUGGGAAAUCAUCUAAAGAGCUCACGGCAUUGUACAAGACGCAGGAGAUUCAAGCGCAUAAUGGUUCUAUUUGGAGCAUUAAGUUUAGUUUGGAUGGUAAAUAUCUUGCUAGUGCUGGUGAGGAUUGCAUCGUUCAUAUCUGGCAAGUCGUCGAGGCUGAGAAGAAGGGAGAGUUGCUACUUGAUAGACCGGAACUGUUGCUUUUGGCUAAUAAUGGGUCUCCAGAACCAACUACUAUGUCACCAAGGAGAAGAGGGAGAACUUCUAUAAGUAGAAAGUCAUUGAGUUUAGAGAACAUAUUUGUUCCAGAUUCUCUUUUCGGGCUUUCGGAAAAGCCCUUUUGUUCCUUUCAGGGACAUGUGGAUGAUGUACUUGACCUUGCUUGGUCCAAGUCUCAGUAUUUGCUUUCUUCAUCAAUGGAUAAAACAGUUCGUUUGUGGAACUUGUCCAGCCAGACUUGCUUGAAAGUAUUUUCGCACAGUGAUUACGUGACUAGCAUCCAAUUUAAUCCGGUCGAUGAUAGAUACUUUAUCAGCGGAUCCUUAGAUGCAAAAGUUCGCGUCUGGAGCAUUCCAGAUCGUCAAGUAGUUGACUGGUAUGAUCUUCAUGAGAUGGUCACUUCUGCUUGCUACACUCCAGAUGGUCAGGGUGCGUUGGUUGGUUCAUACAAAGGUAGCUGUCGCAUGUAUAGUGCAUCAGAUAACAAGCUGCCACAGAGAAGCCUGAUACAUUUACAGAACAAGAAGAAGAAA